AUUAUUAUUAUGAUAAAUAUAGUAAAAGCAGAAAAGCAAUUUAAAUUCAGUGUUACUUUGAAGAAUGCGAAAGUAACACGAAAAGUGAUAAUACCAAAAUUUUCAAAAAUGAAUAACAGUGUUAAAACUCCUCUAUUAUUAAAUGACGAAAAUCAAAUAAAUUUGAAUUAUCGGACUAAUUAUCCUAAUUAUCAAAUUAAAUCGAAAAAUUUAAAAAGUUUUAAUGAAAAUGAUAAAAAUAACAAUAAUAAUAAUGACUAUUCCAUUAUUGUUGGACGGUAUUCUUCAAAUUCUAAGGGUGUCACGGCACAGUGUUUGGUAAUAGGGGCAGUAUUUAUAUUAAUGGCAGGUUGUGGAAUGCCAAUCGGGUACAGUGCAAUUCUUUUACCCCAAUUAUUAGAAAAUAAUGGAACUCUUCAUAUUGACACUGAAACAGGAUCUUGGAUAGCAUCAGUGCACAGUUUGGCAACGCCAAUUGGAGCCAUAGUUUCUGGACCGAUAAUGGAAUUUAUUGGAAGAAGAGGAUCACUUCAAUUUGCAGCGAUUCCUCUUUGUUCUGGCUGGAUAACAAUGGCUUUCGCUAAAUACGUUCAUCACAUAUUCAUUGGGAGAAUUCUAUCUGGAUUCGCUGUGGGAUUAACUGCAGUUCCGUCUCAGGUAAUUUUAUCAGAAAUGGCAGAUCCAAAACUUCGAGGAAUGUUAGUGGGUGGCACAAUAGCAGCAUAUUCAGCGGGAAUUCUUUUUAUUUAUACAUUAGGUGCAAUUUUAAGAUGGGACUUUGUAGCCAUUUACGGGACAAUUCCAUCAAUUAUAGGAUUUUUCACUCUUUGUAUGAUUCACGAAAGUCCUGCCUGGCUAAUUAAACAAAAUCGAAUGGAAGCUGCCAAGAAGGCACUUCUUUGGCUCAGAGGAGGCGACAAAUCUCAGGUAAUAAUUGAAGCUUCUAUUCUAGAGGCAAGAGCAAAUGCUAAUUUUGUCGGAAAGUCAAUUAAUCCUAGUUUGAGAGAAAAAGCUUUAUCAGUAUUUUCAAGAAUGUUCAAUCCAGGCGUCAUUAAACCAAUGAUUAUAAUUAAUGUCUUUAAUGUUCUCCAACUCCUCAGUGGAACAUAUGUAAUUAUCUUUUAUGGAGUUGAUCUCAUGAAACACAUAGGUGUAAAUAAUUUGAAUAAUUAUUUAUGGGCAGCUUUAUUGGCCGUUAUGAGAUUAAUGUUUUCUAUUGUUGCUUGCUUCCUUUUGUUGAAAGUGAACCGUAGAACUCUCGCACUUCUCUCUGGUAUUGUAACAGGAUCAUCGGCCUUAAUUUUAGCGAGUUAUUUAUUACUUCAAAAAGGAAUCUCUCCUUAUGAUAUUUACGUUCUUGGUUCAUGUCUUCUAAUCUAUGUGGCAGCUAGUACGAUUGGUUUUUUAACUUUACCAAGAAUUAUGGUGGGUGAAUUGCUUCCUCAUAGAGUCCGUGGUUUAGGUGGUAGCUUCACUUUCUUCUUAUUUCACAUAACACUUUUUGGAGUUACCAAAUAUUUUCCACAGAUGUCAGAAUCAAUUGGCAUGCCAGGAAUAUUUCUACUUUUUGCCAAUUUUGCAUUUAUGACUGUAGCCUUCACUUAUUUCUUUUUGCCUGAGACUAAGGAUCGCACUCAUCAGGAAAUUGAAGAUUAUUUUCAAAAAGGGAACAUUUUCUGGAUUUCAAAAAAAGAAGAACGAAAACAAACUAUUAAUUUAAUGACAUACAACAAUCAAUAUAAAUAAAAAAAUUUGUCAACAUAUCGAAAUUGAAGUUUUGUGUUAACGUUUACAAUAUUUAAAUCUAAUAUCGCAAAUCAUUUAUUUUCAACUUAUUUAUUUCAUCGAAAUUGAUCAUAUAGAUUGUAAAAAAAUAUCGCAAAACAGGAUUUAACAUUAUUAUUUUCAUUAGUUAUAAAAAUUAUUUAAGUGACGAAUCUAAUUCUAUUUGCUCGAUUUUCUUCUAUGACUGUUUAUAAUAUUUGUUAAUAUUCAUAAUUUUGAAAAAAUAUUAUUAUAAGAAUUAUAAUAAUUGUAAAAUAAAAUAAGGAAUUAAUUAGUUAAUCAAUUACUUCUGCCUGAUAACUUCUACUUGAAGUCAAACAAUUUUCUAAUAAAAUAUUUUAAAUAUGAAAA